UGCGGAAGACGGCGAACACCGAGCGAAACCCAGAGGGCUGGAGUUGUACCGACAAGUUCUGCUUUGUUUGACUGGCUUUUUUGCGACCCCUUCGUGAGGAUUUUUGUCGUGAAAUUGUUGGACCACCAAGGAGUCGCGGCAAGAUGUCGAAAAUGGAGAAACAUCUCUUCCAAUUAAAAUUUACUGCCAAAGAACUCCAAAGAAGUUCCAAGAAAUGUGACAAAGAGGAGAAAACGGAGAAGCUUAAAGUUAAGAAAGCCAUCCAGAAGGGGAACAUGGAGGUGGCGAGGAUCCAUGCCGAGAAUGCCAUCAGACAGAAGAACCAGUCUGUGAACCUCCUCAGGAUGAGCGCUCGGGUGGAUGCUGUGGCAGCAAGGGUUCAAACCGCAGUAACGAUGAACCAGGUCACAAAAUCUAUGUCUGGAGUGGUGAAAGGCAUGGACAUCACUCUGAAGAGUAUGAAUCUGGAGAAGAUUUCAGCACUCAUGGACAAAUUUGAGCACCAGUUUGAAACUCUGGAUGUUCAGACGGCCCAUAUGGAGGACACCAUGAGCAGCACAACAACACUCACAACACCACAGAACCAAGUGGAGUCGUUGAUGCAUGAAAUGGCUGAUGAAGCAGGAUUGGACCUCAACAUGGAGCUCCCUCAGGGUCAGACAGGAUCUGUGGGUACCAGCGUGGCCUCUGCAGAGCAGGAUGAGCUGUCUCAAAGGCUCGCCAAACUCAGAGAUCAAAUGUAAAGGACGACUGCAUCGGACUGGCACCGUAAUGCGACGCUGUGGAGGACCAGUACACUACCUGAAUAUUACCCCCAAAAACCUUAUAUUCACGUCGAGUCCUUUCUCCCAUGUUUCUGUCGAGGA